AUGUUUGCGCGACACGGUGUGGCUACCGCUGCGCGGAAAGCACCAACAAUCGUCGGUAAGCCCUACCCUCGUUAUUGGAAAAACCCUCAAGCCCGACAACUGCAUCUGUCACCAUCGCGUCGAGCUCAAGGAUCGCCGGGUCCUCGAAAUUUCCACGCCACAUCCUCUCGCAAAGCUCAGCCAGUUUCAGCACAUGCCGUCGACGAUCCGCCGCUUCAGCCCCCUGACUCCUCCAACCCUGCCCUCUCAUUCCCAUGUCUCGAUGCUCAAGAGGCCAAGACAGCUUCACUUUCUAAGCGCUCCCUAUCUUCCGGUCCUGAACCAUCAUAUGUCACCGGUAUACAUCGCAGUUGGCAUUCUCAAGAUGCACUGCUUCUUGACUGGGGGGGCGUUCUGCCAGAAUUUAAUAUAGCUUAUGAGAAUUGGGGACAACUAAACGAGGAUAAAAGCAACGCCAUACUUCUACAUACUGGACUAUCAGCAUCCAGUCAUGCACACAGCACAGAGGCAAAUUCCAAGCCUGGGUGGUGGGAGAGCUUUAUUGGCCCCGGAGCCCCUCUUGACACCAACAAGUAUUUCAUUAUCUGCACAAAUAUCAUAGGGGGCUGCUAUGGCAGUACAGGGCCCAGCUCGCUCGAUCCGGCAGAUGGCCUUAAUUACGCUACGCGAUUUCCAAUUCUGACAAUGGAGGAUAUGGUGCGAGCACAAUUCAGGCUGCUCGAUGCAUUUGGGAUCAAGAAGUUAUAUGCGAGUGUCGGAUCGAGCAUGGGAGGUAUGCAAAGUCUAGCAGCUGGCGUGAUUUUUCCUCAAAGAGUGGGUAAGGUGGUCAGCGUGAGCGGCUGUGCACGAAGUCACCCCUACAGCAUUGCAAUGCGGCAUACGCAGCGUCAAGUACUCAUGAUGGAUCCGAACUGGUCACGAGGGUUUUACUACAAUAGCAUACCGCCGCACGCAGGUAUGAAGCUUGCUCGUGAGAUCGCUACUGUGACAUAUCGAAGCGGACCAGAAUGGGAACAGCGCUUCGGCCGAAGGAGAGCGGACCCGAGCCGACCGCCGGCGCUUUGCCCAGAUUUUUUGAUUGAGACAUAUCUUGAUCACGCUGGAGAGAAGUUUUGUUUGGAGUACGAUGCCAACAGCCUUCUCUACGUCUCCAAGGCAAUGGACCUAUUCGAUCUUGGACGCGAGCAUCAACUGCAGAUGUCUGGCCUCCGACAGCAGAACAACUCAAGGUAUUCGUCCGGAGAGAAGGUCGAAGGAGACGGUCGUUAUUGCAGUCUUGCGCUGCCAGACAAGCCUUAUGAAGAGCAAGCCGCUGAGACGGCUUCCCAGUCUUUCUCCGAACCUGUAGCUUUCACCUCGACGAGACCCCCAGAUGAUCUUGUGGCCGGUCUUGCACCGCUACGCAGUCACCCAACCUUGGUCAUGGGCGUCGCCAGCGAUAUCCUUUUUCCCGCUUGGCAGCAAAGAGAAAUUGCGGAAACAUUGCGAGCGGCCGGUAACCGAUCUGUUACGCACGUUGAGCUAGGGGAGGACACUUCUUUGUUUGGACAUGAUACGUUCUUACUCGAUUUGGAACACAUUGGAGGUAAUAUCAAAUGCUUUUUAGGCUAG